AUGCCUGUGGUCGACCCCCAUCACCAACGAAGUCAAGCUGCGAGUCUACCUAUCCGCAAUUCGCCCUAUAUGAUGUACGGAUCGGAGACUUGGGCAGCACCAUCAACGGCUAUGGAGGGGCUUGACUGCAGAACGGAACGAAAGCUGCUUAGACGGUUAAUUGGCUACUUUUGGCCUAGGGUAUGGCGGACGACACGUGGAAGACAUCAACAUCUUGCACCGCCAUCGAAAGUGGCUGAAGUAAAUCGUCUUCGCUUCUUUGGUCAUAUAUUAAGGAGACCGGCAGAUCGCCUUGUUCAACGAGUUCUGAGGUGUUUGCCGGGUUCAAGCUGGAGGAAGCCACCUGGCCGAAAACGGAAGUUCUGGACUGACGUGGUGAAAGAGGACUUGAGGACACUAGGCGUGGAUAGGCUGUUCAGGCGAGACGUAAGGUCUCGCAGAAUAUGGAAUAGCAACGAAUGGAUUGAUUCUGUGCAAGAUCUCGCAGAAGAUCGAGAAGGUUGGGCAGAGCUGUGUUCAAGGACGGCACACCUCGGCGAGGAUGCGGGUAAUCGCGUCAGGCGAUGA